AAGAACUUCUCAAUGCUAAUCUGUUCCUGGCUUUGUCUCCAAUUACUGCAAUAAACCUGAAGAUGUGAACGCGCACUUACAUUCCGUUAGUCUUCCGUCUCUAUGGUGCACAAGCCUGGACUUGCUCUAAUUCCACCUGACCUGGCUCAGAUAAUCGGGCGUGAAGCAAGGAGCCCCAGGGGUCACUGGUGUUAUUGAUGUAAGGGACAGAUAGGAGUGAUUGCCAGGAGCGGUGGGGAGGGAGUGUCGCAGGUGACAACGCGGAGUACACAAUGGGGAAAUAUUUCUGUGAAGGAACCUGGUGGAGUCAGCGUAACUGUAGACCUUCUCAGAGGACACGGCUAUGUCUCUGACCCAUAGACUUCAUCCAUAGGAAUCGCUGCUCUCCGUAACCAAGAUGCAGAACGGAUCGGUCAGCAGCGCCUUCACGUCCGACCACUAUCCCGAGAAACUGCUGCAGAGGAUCCGCCAGUUCCGUUCCCAGCGGGACCUGUGUGACGUGACUCUGGAGGCCGAUGGAGCGCGGUUCCCGGCCCACAAGCUGAUAUUGGCCGCGGCCAGUUCUUACUGCAAGCUGCUGUUUACGGAUCCUAAAGUGGGCGACUCCAUAAGGCUGAAGGACGUCAGCGCCAAAGGUCUUCGGAACCUCCUGGACUUCAUCUACUCCAAUGAACUUCACCUGUCUUGGGCCAACGUUGAAGACACCUUAAAGGCGGCCGAGGUCCUCCUUGUCCGGGAGGCGGUGAAGCUUUGCUACCAGUUUCUCGAGGCCGGGAUGAACGAAGACUCUUGUUUGGACAUCCUGAAGAUCACCAAGAGUCACAGACCGGAGGGGCUUCUGGAGAAGGCCAGUGACUACGUUGACCACCAUCAACACCUCCCUGGUCUUUCGGGAGACCUGACCUUAGUAGAUAAACAGACGUUGUGCAACGUUCUGGACCGAGAAGACCUCCCCGGGUGCAGCGAGCUGGACCUGUUCCGGUUGGCGGUGUCUUGGUUGCAGCACAAUAGCACCAGACUGAAGGAGGCGCCAGAUGUCCUCAAGAGGAUUCGCUUCCCGCUGAUCUCUCUAGAAGACCUCCAGAGGUACGUGAAGGAGACGGCCAUCAUGAAGACUGACACCACCUGUUUCCGAUACCUGCAGGAGGCGCUGAAGUAUCACUCGCAGGUCUAUGCUCAGCCCACGCUGCACUGCGACAGCGCAACAAUAAGGUCCGGUUCUGACAAGCUCCUGGUCCUGGGCGGGAGGUCCAACGAUAACCAGGUCCUGGGCAGUAUCUGGGUGCAAAGCGAUGAUGGCGGCUCGUGGUCCGAGCUCACAGAGAUGUGCUCCCCGGUCUACAAUCACUGCGUGGCGGUCAUCAACGACUUCCUGUACGUCAUCGGGGGGCAAACCAGGUUCGACCCGUCGGGGAAAUACCCGUCCAAUGAGGUGUUCCGUUUCGACCCGCGCUCCGGCUCGUGGCUACAAGUCACCGGCAUGCUGGAGAGGAGAACGCGUUUCCACACCGAAGUGAUCGGCGAGCGCAUAAUUGCCGUCGGCGGAGGGUCCCUGUUGGGUCAUAUCACCCAGAGCGCUGAAGAAUAUCACCCCGCCGAAAACAAGUGGGAGUAUACCGCCCCCUUCCCCGUCCCCGUGGCAGAUCACGCCGGCACAACCCACAAAGGCAUUGUGUACAUUUCCGGGGGAUAUUCCAAUAAUAAGACCCUGAAUGAAGUGUACAGCUAUUUGCCGAGACUGAAACGCUGGGUGGUAAACCGCGCCAUGACGUUUGCCCGGUGCGAUCACGGAAUGGCCGCCGUCAGCGACAAAAUCUUCUGCGUUGGCGGGCGCACGUUGAAUGCGGCCAAGGAGUGGAUCCACGUGAACGAGACGGAGUAUUACUGCCCAGCCACUGACCACUGGAGCGCCCUGAAGCUUUCGCCCUUCGACUGCUGCCAGUUCAGCGUCACCACCCUCCGCUCCAAGCUCUUCGUCAUCGGAGGCGGCUCCUUAAGACGCAUGAAUAAGGAAGAUGGCGUCUUCAUGUACGACCCCGACAACAAAGCCUGGAAGAAGACCGGAUCCUUGCCGCGACCACUGGUGGACCACGCUUCGUGCGCCAUUAGGUUACCUCACGGGACGAUAGCCAAAGAGGAAAAAGAGGAGGAAUCGACGACUGCGCCGAACAUGAAGAAGUCGACGCUGAACCUGUUUAUUAAGGGGAAACACGAAAGGGAAUUGUAACAGAGUGCGUGACCUGACCAGAGCCGCCACAUCUUGUAGGCUCCUUAAAGGGGUAUCAACUGGGUCCAGAAAGUUAAACAGAUUUGUAAAUUACCUCUAUUAAAAAAUCUUAAUCCUUUCAGUACUUAUGAGCUGAUGAAGUUGAGUUGUUCUUUUCUGUCUAAGUGCUCUCUGAUGACACGUGUCUCGGGAACUGUCCAGAGUAGAAGCAAAUCCCCAUAGCAAACCUCUUCUACUCUGUGCAGUUCCCGAGACAGACAGAAAACAACAACUCAACUUUAGCAGCUGAUAAUUAUUGAAAGGAUUAAG